AUGCAUGUCUCAGAUAAAAACAAACAGAUUAUUCCAACCAACAACAACAACAACGAUCAGCAACCCACUGAAAAUUAUGAAUUUCUGAAAACUGGAGAUUUAGGAUUCAUCAAGAAUGGAGAAUUGUAUAUUACUGGACUUCGAAAGGAUUUGUUAAUUAUCAAUGGUAUCAACUAUUAUCCACAAGAUAUUGAAUUUGUGGUGGCAGAGUGUCAUGUAAAAGUGAGACGAGGAUGUGUGGUGAGUUUCUCCAUCGAUGGAGAAGCACUUUCUGGAAAUGAACACAUUGUCAUUGUGGCAGAAACGAAAGCAAAUGACAUGUCGGAAUUUGAUUCAAUCAUUCGUGAGAUAAGGAAUGCCAUUGCAGAGCAUUUGGGUGUUGCCAUAUAUGGCGCCCUUGCUUCCAUUGCUCCCACGAAACCACAUGGUCUACAAAAAACCACACGGUGUACAAAAAACAAGUGGAAAAGUCAGACGUCAACCAACGAAACUCGCAUUUCUUCAUAA